GGGAGAGCCUCCCAAUGUUCUUUCCACGUCUGCGGCGAAAAACCUAACGAUUUAAGAAGUAGAAGAAGAAGAAGUCUUUCAGCUUCAAACUUCAGUUUUCAAGGUUUUGGUUCCUUUUGCGUAGAAUGAUGAGUGAGGGCAGUAAAGCCAUUAAAACGUGUUCAAUCCCAUCAUCCUCGUCUCGUUUGUCUCCUUUGGCUCGUCCAUUCACCAUCAGUAACCCUUUCAAUCGCCGUGAAUCUUUUGACCCUUUACUUGGCUCUGCCCCUUCGUCUACCUCCACUCUUGAUCAACCCUUCCCCUACCUGAAUUUGGGUGAUCAAAGUCACCGUGGCUACUAUGCCUAUCAGUCCGACUCUACGGCAAUUACUGCUUUCCCUUUUGUUAAUGACCUUGACUUUGAAUUCAAUUCUUGUUUCACAAGCCACCCGUCGGAGGAUCCUCCAGUUCAAACCAAUUUCACUCCUAUUUCCUCAAGCUUAAGCAAGGUUGGCCUCGAGAGUGAAAUUCAGGGAACUUCUACAAAUCAACAAUGGCUACGAGAAGUUCCUCGCACAAACGAUCAGAUUGCAACUGGUGUUUCCUUGUCCUGCAAUAACCCGCUUGAGCAAGGUACUGCUAUUGAAGGAUCAAAACUUGUUAGUAAAACACCUUCUGUUUUGCAUGAAAAAGACUGUGUGGUCGUUGGAAAAGAUAAUCGAAUUAGACCAGUAGAUGAGGAUAAAUUACAUGCUGGAAUCUGUGUUUUUCGACUGGCUAAUUCCGAAGUAAAUUUGUUGAACAAAUGUAUGACAAAAUCAUUUCUGAUAUCAUCAGAUUUGCCCUUUUCUCCAAGACCUCAAGAUAACCAAAGUAAACUGUCAUACUCAGUGCCAUUACCGACUUUGAGUCAUUGUGAUUCAGCUAUUAUUAACAACAAGAUUUGCUUUCCACAUCUUGCUUCUUGUGCACCUGAAACUCUGGUUUCAUCUGAGCCAAAGUGUAUAUCUUGUUCAGCUCAAACUUUCAAACCAUCAGGUGCUAGUUACAAUGCUACAAUUGUUAAUCCUGUUCCAUUAGAGAAUGUGCCUUAUGGUGGCACUUAUACAGUUAGCAACAUGGAUUCCUAUUCUGGGAAUGUUGUACCUGGCAUGUUUGGUAGUCAUAUAGUGCGGAGUCCUCUAGACAAGGUGGCUUGCCAAGACCUAAUCCUAACAAAAAAAGGUGAAAAGAUAGAACUUGUUGAACCUGUCCACAAUGAGACUAAAAUCCCUUGCAUUAUGGCAAAAUCCAAGCUUCAAAUUGCUUGUCCCACUGAUCAUGGAGACUUGAGUGUAGAACAACAUGGUGUGAAAGCCGGUAUACCUGAUGAUAAAUGGUCUACCAACAGUGAUGAUUCUGAUGUAGAUUCACCUUGCUGGAAAGGAACCCAGGUUUAUAAAUCUUCACUUAGAGAUUCAGUCCCUGUCAAUUCGGAAGAUUGUAAUGGUCAAUCUUCAUCCAGAGAGUCGGUGUGUCUGAAAUUAGAACAUUCUAAGAAUGAAAAAGUGGCUCGUAACAGUUUGAAUCCUCUAGCACCUGUGUUUAUUCCUGGAAAUUCUAAACAAAAAGUUGAUUACCAUCAGAAGAAAUGUCAUGGAGAUGGCUUUUCCUAUAUUGAGAAUGUUGGGGCUUUAGCUGUUAUUUGUUCGUCAAGGGAAGAAGGAUCAAGGGGUUCUGAUAAAGAGGGCACAUGUCCCUCCGAAGAAAUCAAUGAUAUAGGAAUACUUUGGUCUUCUGAUGUCUGUGACUCAAGAGAGGAGUAUGGCACUCCUUACGAGUCAUUUAGAAAUUCAGCGGUCAAUUCUUGUCGUCUCGAGCCAUAUCUUGGGGAAGAGUAUGUUUCCCCUGAAAGUCGGCUUGAAAAUUUUGCUGGUGGCAUGGAGGGUAUUGCCGAUGCAAGAUAUAAUGUGUUGGACGGUGUUAUAGACAUUGCACAUACUGGGAAAAAUUCUAGCAUCUUAUUCCCUGCAACAGAAAUUGCCCUGAAUUUACAUUCCACUGGAGUUGGUGUUUCUUCAGAUUUAACUGAAAGAUUUCUAGAGCCACUCAAGUCUACACCUCCCAAACUUGAUGCUAACUUACUGAUUAAUACAAUCCAAUAUUUAUCAGAGUUGCUUCUGCAGAAUUAUUCAUUUGCUUUAGGUUCAAUGAGUGAGCAUGAAUAUGAUAAAGUUCUGAAUAUAAUCAAUAAACUUUAUGUUGUCAUCGGAAAUCAGGCUGGUGAAAGAGCUGUAAGGUCCGGACCAUGUCACAUGUGCACUUUACAUGGUAAGAGGCAAGUAGCUGAUAACCAUAAGAUUCAGGUCACCCGGAAGGACCCAAAAGUAGUUCAUUCGACAGAGCAUGAAAUGCCACCAGAAGCCUUAUUUUAUAGGAAACUAUGGCUCGAGGCUAAAACAGCUUUAUAUUAUCAAGAACAUGGCUUACACAUGAAACCGGAGCCAGAUAAGUGCUGAUCAAAAUAAAGGAUGUGUUCAAGCUGCUGUCACGGACUUGAAAGGUUCAAUAUCUGCGAGCAACCAGACUGAGUUCAAUAACCUUAAAAAGGUAAAGCCGCCAAAUCUUAAGUUGUAUGUGAACCAGAAAAGUUAGCUAAUGAAGCAUAAGGAAAGAACCUCAAGACUGUACCUAAAUCCGUGCAACUUUUGUAACAUACUUAAGAUCUUGAUUCUUUGUACAAAUAGUAAACUGGGUGUUCUAAUCGCAAUUGACCCAUUGCAUCUAAAAAGUAUUCUUACCUGGUGG